AAACACAACACAAACCCCCAUUUCUUUUCUCUCCAAUUACCCUUCUCUAGAAACUCUAGCUACUUGUUUAUCAUUAUAUCAUAACAUUCUUCUUCAUAUUAUUCUCACACAAUUACUACUACCUAUAUACAUAAUUAUAUACACACACACGCACAUAUAUAUAUAUAAUUUGUGCAAUGGAUCACAAUAAUAGUACUGUGGACAUGGAUACGGAAAGGUUAACCGCGGAGCUAGACAUCAAGGACUCAACAUCCGUAGUCAUCAAAAUUCGACGAAAACUACCCGAUUUUUUACAGUCAGUAAAACUCAAAUAUGUCAAACUUGGUUAUGGCUAUUCAUGUAACACUGCCACGCUACUUAUGCUUGUUGUUCUUUUCCCAUUAUUGGUAGCCACUAUAAUUCAACUCACCGGGCUUGGACUCUACACUUUCUCACAAAUUUUAACAAGUUUUGAUACUGCCACGGGUCUGACCGGUGGCAUAUUUUUACUUUUUCUUUCCGGGGUUUACUGGGCCAAACGGCCCACCCCGGUUUACCUAGUGGACUUUGCUUGUUACAAGCCAGAAGAAGACAGAAAAAUGACCAACGAAGGGUUCGCUAAGAUGUCCCAGGAUUCGGGUUAUUUCGAGCCAGAAACGUUACAGUUCCAAAAAAGAAUAUCAACCCGGUCCGGUUUAGGAGACGAAACGUAUCUCUCGAAAGGCAUCACGGCUCGACCGCCACAACUUAACAUGAAAGAAGCCCGGGCCGAAGCAGAGCAAGUCAUGUUUGGUGCCUUGGAUUCUUUGUUUAAAAAAACCGGGAUUCGGCCUCAAGAAAUAAGCAUUCUUAUUGUCAACUGUAGUUUGUUUAACCCAACUCCUUCACUUUCUUCAAUGAUCGUUAACCAUUACAAACUAAGACCCGAUAUAAUGAGCUUUAACCUCGGUGGAAUGGGCUGCAGUGCGGGCCUAAUAUCAAUAGACUUGGCCCAACAUCUACUGAAAGCAAACCCAAACUCAUACGCUGUCGUUUUGAGCAUGGAAAACAUUACGUUAAACUGGUAUCCUGGAAACGAGAGAUCAAUGCUUUUGUGUAACUGCAUUUUCCGUAUGGGUGGAGCUGCAAUGUUGUUGUCAAACAAAUCGAGAGACCGAAAACGUUCAAAAUAUCAGCUAGCUCACACGGUCCGUACACAUAAAGGAGCCGAUGAUAAUAGCUAUAAUUGUAUCUAUCAACGAGAAGACGAUAAGGGUAUCGUGGGCGUUUCUUUAGCUAGAGAACUCAUGGCGGUUGCGGGAGACGCACUCAAGACAAAUAUAACAACUCUCGGCCCAUUAGUUUUGCCAUUUUCCGAACAAUUGAUGUUUUUUGUGACACUUGUGAAGCGAAAAGUGUUUAAAAUGAAAGUGAAGCCUUAUAUUCCUGAUUUCAAGCUCGCGUUCGAGCAUUUUUGUAUUCAUGCCGGUGGCCGGGCUGUUUUGGAUGAGAUGCAAAAGAAUUUGAGUCUAACUGAUAGGCACAUGGAGCCGUCGAGGAUGACGUUGCAUCGGUUUGGAAAUACGUCUAGUAGUUCUUUGUGGUACGAGUUGUCAUAUGCCGAGGCAAAAGGUCGGGUUUCAAAAGGGGACCGAGUCUGGCAGAUUGCUUUUGGGUCGGGUUUUAAAUGUAACAGUGCUGUUUGGAAAGCGCUCAAGGCGAUUCCCGCGGGCUGUGAAAGUAACCCAUGGGCCGAUUGCAUCAACAAGUACCCGGUUAAGGUUCCGGUCUAAUUAUUAUAUAUAUUACGAGUAUCAAAUGUUUGUAUAUUCAAUCAAUCCAAUGGUGGAAAAAGGUCAUGAUUUUUAAUCCCCACCUGAUUAUUUUGAUGUCAUAUUUUUUUUUUUCAAUUGUAACGUACGUGAACACUUUUUGUGUAAUUUAUUGUGUUUUAUGUUUUAAUAUUGAGUUAUCUGAGAUCUUGGAUUUGGUCAACAAGAUAACUUUGACUUGAUAUAUA